ACAACAACAGCAGCAGCAGCAGCAUUCCGUCAUUCCAGUUAUUGUUGCGGAGCCAGCGACCACAGUCGGUUGGACCAACGACCCCGACUCGGAUACGGAGUGCGUGACGAUCAAUACGACAAGCGUUGCCGAGGAGCCGGUCGCUCUACCUCUCUCCGAGAAGCAGCACAACUCCGACUCGGACGCGGAGGUCGAGCUAGUGGACAGCAGCUCCCUGGGCAGCACAGACGUCGGACCCGCACCUGUGGCCAUUUCCACCGAGCGAUCGCGUCUGCGUCGCGGCAUUGCGCACAUCAAGUCUCGAGUGAAGGCCAAGCAGCAAGCCGCUAUGAGUAAGAAGGAGCAGGAGAAGGGCGCGGCCAGCAGCUCCGAAUCCGUGCGUAGCAACUUCUUGCGCCGUCGCAAUCCACCCGAAGACCAAACGGAGCCAGGCAGAUCGAACCAGGAUGCUAGCAGUGCAUCCGAGAUACCUGUGACCAGUGGAAAGGUGAAGCGUGGCAUACUGCUUGCCAGCAAGGAUGCGGAAAUCGAGUCGGGUGUUGAGAUGCUCGAGGACAUGGCGCCCACAACGAGCACUGAAUCCAACAUUGCAGCCCAGGCUGGCACUGGAACUGUCCAUUUCAACGAAGACCCCGUCAUAGUGAGUCGAAGUACACUACAACUGCCCCUGGGUAUCGACAACAGACCCUUGCAGACACCCCUGUUCAGUGCUGCUCCCUCGCGCGGCCGAGCACCAGGCGACGGCACAGAGCAAUCGCUAUGGAGCAAAGUGAGCAACUUUGCCGUGGGCAACUGGCGUGACGCUCCUUCAGCUCGGCCCCUGCUGCUGUUGGGGGCCAUCGGCGUCGUGGUGAUGUUCUUGCCAAUGCAGGACUUUUGGCGUGGCGUCCUAGUCACAAUGCUGUUCAUUGUGACGAUCAACUAUCUGAGCAGCUAUGUGUCCUAUCUGUUUGACACUCUGGUGCUCGGCGCACAUCCGGAGCGUCGUCCAUUCCAGAUACCCAACUACGAGGGCAUGCCCAUCUGCGAGAUACCCGCCGCCGAGGAGCACAAGACCAUCAAGACGUACUCGGGCUGGCUGAAUGAGUGCGAUAGCUACGAUCCCAAUACGUUCUCCUUCUCCAUGACAAGAUCAGUCUACGUUCGAUUGGAUGGCACUAUCCUAAAGCUCUCCGGCACCAAUGCUCGCAUACCCAAGCGCCGCAUGUGGAACGAGAAGCCCAUCGAUCGCAACAAGAUUGUGUUUGUCGAUCAUCGGACCUACGACAUGCGCGAUGCACGCAUCGAGCUGUUGCCCGUGGGCCUGGCCAGAAAACGCUUCUUCAAUCGAAAGUAUCCCAUACAACUGAUUGUGAAGAGCGGCAGCAGUGGCAUGCAAACACCCAGAACGGAAGACGAUACGUCGGAUACCUUUCCCAGCGCAAUGGCCACGACACCCAAUGAAACGAUCAAGCCCCUCGAGUUUGCCAAUACAGUUAUGACGGCUGAUCUUCGUCAGCUGCAUAAUGCACGUACGCCCGAUAACGAUUUGAAGGACAUAACGAUGCCUUGUGGGGAUGAGGUUCGUCUGCUUGUGUUUGCGCGCUGCGAUCGUGAGAAGGAGGACUGGUACCGUCGCUUCCGGGCUGCUAGCUCUGGCCGUGUUCACGAAUCGGAUCUGCAUGUGCCCAUGGCACAGUUUGUGGAGGAGAGCGAUCUGCAGGCAGUCGCCGCCCAACAGGCCAUCAAUCUGACCAGGGCGCCCAAAAGCGAUGAUGUUUCAAUGAUCUCCGAUGAGACGGGCACCAAUACACCCGAUGCCGUGGAAGAGACAUUGGACGUGGAUGCCACGCCCGACCGCGGCAACGACGGCUAUGAGGGCCUCAUCAUGAGCGCCGAUGCAGCCAGAAAUCCGGCGGAUUAUGUCAAAUUCAUGGCCACCUACCAGAAAGCUUGCAGUCAGAGCACAAUUCCUGUUAUUCGUCCACACCAUCACAGACACGGAGAUCACCGUAAAAGAAGCCGAAGAUCUAGGCGGCAGGAGAACGAGUUGUGGAAGGGCAUAGAUCAGUCUCUGUUCCUGGGCCCCUCUGGCAGCGUGGUCUGGGCCAACGUGCUGAUGGGUCGCUGCCUUUUCAGCUGCCUGAACAAUAAUGAGCUGCGUUUGAAGAUUCAGGACUUUAUGCAAAAGAAACUAAAUUCCAUAAAGCUGCCCAGUUUUAUGGAAGAGGUGAUUAUUACCAAUAUUUAUUUGGGUGAGUCGCCCAUGCUGUUCCAUCGCAUAUCGCAGCCCAUGCUGGAUGAGCGCGGUGUCUGGCUGGAUGCCGAUAUGACCUACGAGGGCUUCGCCAACAUUACAGUGACUACCAAGUUGAAUUUGUUGCGCGUGCGCAGCAAACCCAAAGCGUCGCCGGUCAAUCCGGACGUCGCGUCACAGGAUUCAUCAGCGGACUUUCGCGGUGGAGCCGACGAUAUUCAAGCCGAUGGCAGUCAGUCGAUCUUCGACAGCGACGCCGAGAGCACGGGCGGCUCCUCUACGGAAACGGAGAGCUUGGCGUCGGGUCCAACGGCCGAAAAUCCAAACAAUGCCGAGUUCUUUCAAAACUCGCCGGGCAAUGCGCGCCGCAUCUUUAAGAUUGUGGACCGUAUAGCCACCUCGAAUCUAUUUCAGUAUGCCUCUGAGCUGCCCUACGUCCAGCGAGCCAUGGAGAAUAUGAGUGCGAACAUAACGCUGCGAGUGGAUCUGAAAGGACUGGUGGCUAGGGGCACAUUGAAUAUACCGCCACCGCCAUCGGAUCGCAUCUGGAUGUGCUUUCGCGGGCCGCCACGUCUCUGGAUAUCGACGAAGCCUCAAGUGGGCGAUAAGUCGGUGGAUUGGUCCAUUGUAACGAACGUGAUCGAGAGCAAGCUGUGCGAGGCAGUAAAUAAGUUUUUGGUCUAUCCGAAUAUGGUUGACUUUUCGAUAGCAUUCCUGGCCAAGCCGACCUAUGGCGAGGAGCCGCCAGCUUAGUAAACAAAACAGUGGUAUUCUUUUAUCUAUUAUUUGGCAACAGCUAUACUAGUAUAUAUAUAGAAUUCUUUGUCAUCGUAUUUCCAGCAGAAUCCAUCACGAUGUGUUUAAACGAAUUUUUUGAGCUAAGCUUUGUUAUUUUCGAUCUCGCUAAAAGUGUUUUAUUAUAUACAAGUACUUAACGAUAAAUGAAAAAUUCCCCUUGAA